UUUUGUUUUCAUUUCCACCUCGAUCUUUUCCAUCGUUUUCUCCGUUCCAAUCAAUGCUCUCUCUCUCUCUCUCCUUUUUACCCUAAACAUGACAACUCCUCCCAACCAGCCCCUCCUACAUAAGCUCUCCAGUCUCCUCUCUUACAUCAGUCUCGUCAACAACAACCACCUUGAGUCUCUCCUUUGUCUCUGCAAAUCUCUUUUUUUUUGUUGGGUUUUGGGUUUUGAUGGGGGUAGUUGUUCAUCCCAUUCAUCUAUAACCUAUUAACCUUUGAGAAGAUCUUUGUUUUCUCUUCUCAAAAUUUUUGAUGAGAUUUGUGGAGGCAAGGAAGGCUUCUCAGAUUUAAAAUUUAUCUAUCCAUAAAAAAGGUCUCAGUAAUGGCACCCAGUUUUGAUUGUUCAACCUCUGACCUUCUCUGUGCAGAAGACAACAACAGUAUCAUAUCGUUUGCAGAUUUUGGGGGUGAUGGGUUUAGGGGGUUUUGUGUCGGUGAUGCUUGGCUUACGCAGAACCAUCGGACAUUAAAUCAAAACCAGAGCUUUCAUGGUUGGGAGUUCUCGAUUGUAUUCCCAUCCCAAACAGAGGAGUGUUUAAGUUUGAUGGUUGACAAGGAAUGCCAGCAUUUGCCCAGAAAUGAUUAUUUGAAGAGGUUGCGGAGUGGGGAGUUGGAUAUGGGGCUUAGAGGAGAGGCUGUCGAUUGGAUUAGGAAGGUUCAUGCCUAUUACAGAUUUGGACCUCUGAGUGCCUAUCUAUCAAUAAAUUAUUUGGAUCGGUUCCUUUCAUCCUAUGAACUUCCUAGAGGGAAAUCUUGGAUGAUGCAGUUGUUGGCUGUGACAUGUUUAUCUUUGGCAGCCAAAAUGGAGGAGAGAGUAGUGCCUCUGUCUCUAGAUUUACAGAUCGGGGAUUCCAAAUUUGUCUUUGAAGCUAGAACGAUCAAGAGAAUGGAACUUCUUGUGUUGAGUACAUUGGGGUGGAGAAUGCAAGCCGUAACUCCUUUCUCCUACAUAGACAAUUUCCUUCGUAAGAUCAACGAUGAUCAACUCCCGCCGAAAAUGUCAAUCUCUCGAGCGAUUCAAUUAAUCUUAAGCACAAUUAAAGGGAUUGACUUCUUAGAUUUCAGACCAUCAGAGGUUGCAGCAGCAGUGGCUAUAUCUGUAUUCUCAGAAAACAGAACAGUGGACAUUGAUAAGGCUGUAUCUUGUUUCAUACAUGUUAAAAAGGAGAGAGUGUUGAAGUGUCUUGAACUAUUCCAGGAUGUAUCAGUUCCAAGUGCCUCAGCUCCAUCAAUUCCCCAGAGCCCAAUUGGGGUGCUGGAUGCUGCUGCAUGCUUGAGUUAUAAAACAGAUGAAACAGUUAGGUCAUGUGCAAAUGCUUCUCAUACUACUCCAGAUGCUAAGAGGAGGAAACUGAACAGACCAUCUGAAGUGGAGUCAUGAGGAGGAGGGGUGGUGGUGGGGCUCUCAUUUCUCACCCAAAUCAGUUUUAGUUUUUUGGUUUGGUUGAAUGGGAGUUUUGUGUGCGAAGUUGCUCCUUAACCAAAUAAAGAAAAAGCAAGGGGAAACACAAGGGGAGAGAAGGGAAAGGGAAGGAAGGUUGAAUAAUCUAUAAUCUGAGAAAAGGGGGAAUGGGAUGGAAUAUUUAGCCAAUUCUCAUGCUUGUGGCAUGAAGGAAACAGUCACCAGCUGUUAAUGAAGAAAGUUCUAUCAAGGAAGAAGUGUUCAAAAUAAAAAGAAAAAGAAGGGAAAGAGGUUCAGCUUCUUGCAGUUCCCAUCUCAGAAAUAUAAGAAGGCAAACAGAGGAGAGGAGGAAAAAAAUGGAUGGAGCAAAAUUUUAGAGGGAGAAUUUGUUUUUUAUUGGUUGUGUUUUUUGUUUAUGUGAAUUCAGAAAAAAAAAAAAAAAAAAAGAAGAAAAAAAAAUAUAUAUCAGCAAAAA